AUGGCUCAACCGACCGUUCGCUCCGCCUACGACCCCAAGGACAUGAAGUUCCGCUACCUGGGUCCCACAGGUCUGCAGGUUUCCGUCUUCUCCCUUGGUGGCUGGCUCACAUACGGUGGCACCCAGAAGGGUUCUAUCGUCAAGGACAUCCUGCAGACAGCAUGGGACCAUGGCAUCCAAACAUUCGACACUGCCGAGAUCUAUGCCAAUGGCGCCUGCGAGGUCGAGAUGGGCCAAGCCCUGAAGGAGCUCGACUGGCCUCGCGACGAGUACGUUCUCAUCACCAAGGUCUUCUUCGGCACAGGACGCAAGGAGCCCAACACCCGCGGCCUGUCGCGAAAGCACGUCAUCGAGGGUCUUAAGUCCAGUCUCCAGCGCCUCCAGACCCCCUACGUCGAUGUCGUCUUCGCCCAUCGCCCCGAUGUCGGCACCCCUCUCCUGGAGAUUGUCGAGGGAUUCACGCAGGCCAUCCGUAACCUGAACCUGGCUUACUACUGGGGUACCUCUGAGUGGUCGGCCCAGCAAAUUGCCGAGGCUACCAGGCUGGCUGAGAAGCACAACCUGAUUGCCCCCAUCGCUGAGCAGCCUCAGUACAACGCCUUCCACCGUGAGCGCUUCGAGGUCGAGUUCAAGCCCCUCUUCGAGCAGUUCAACUACGGCACCACAAUCUGGAGUCCCUUGGCCAGUGGUCUGCUGACCGGCAAGUACAACGACGGCAUUCCCGAGGGCUCCCGUUUUGCCACAAACAAAGAGUUCUUCCAGAACACAGUCAAUAGCUUGCAGACGGACGAAGGAAAGGCCAAGAUCGAGAAGGUCAAGAAGCUCACCAAGAUCGCCGAGAAGCUGGGAGGAAACACGUCACAGCUGGCCCUGGCCUGGGCUGCGAGCAACCCCAAUGUCAGCACCGUCAUCCUGGGCGCCACCAAGAUCGAGCAGAUCAACGACAACAUCAAGGCGCUGGCUCUGCUGGACAAGCUGACGCCUGAGGUCAAGGAGGAGAUCGAGGCGGUGCUGGACAACAAGCCCAAGCCCACGCCCACAUUCAACCGAGAGAGGUGA